UAUUAAAAUAAUUUUAAAUACAUUAUAUUUUAAUCAUUUGUAUUUUUUAAUUACCAGUAUUUUUUAAAAUUAAUAAAUUAAGUCAGUAAUUUGUAAAUAUGUGAUAAUACAGGUCAAAUGCACAGCAAUACAUUAACUCUAAAAAAGGCCACAAUUUUGUUUAUCUUUAUGCAAAUUAUUAUUAUUUUUCAUCAUGCAUUGAGAUUUUACACUUUGUUGGGCGGUCCCUGAAUGCACCAUAUUUGUGCCGAGUUGCCAAAGUUUGUUUGGCUACGGCAGCACUACCGUCAUCAAUCAUCUCAUUGUCAUUCAUUAGUGGCGAGUCCCGAUACAUUCUAUACUUGAAACGUGUUCGAGUGUGUCAGCGAGUCGCAGAUGACAAAACGAGACUUUAUCGGCGUAUCAGUUCCUAGCGUUCUCUUCACUAUUUGCUGGUGGUCCUGGAAGGUAACCCGUCUGAGAAGCAGGGAUCUAAUGUAAUGUACUUUUCCUUGCAGUGUACUUAUUAUACAUUCUUCAUGAUUCUCAUUGCUUUUCUGGUUCCUCGAGAGGCCUGCAGGGAGAUACUGUGUAGCCGUCAUCCAGGGUGUUUUACAGUAAACGCUACCGUCAGCCAAUACAGGUUAUUUUAAGGUUGACUGAUAUCACACGCAUAUUGCUUCAUCUUAAAUGAAGUAACUGAUCCAAACAUGACGCACUGACGUUGAAAAGGAGGUUUGUGCAUCAAGCAAUGCGUGAGUGACUCACCUCACAUGCGUAUAAUUUGUAUCUGAGACCGAGCACUUUGUAAUCGAUCAGCUGGUUGCCCCUGAGGGCCUUCAGGGAAAGUUGGAAAUCACCGAGACUCUCCUCGAACCUUUAAAAGGCAACACAUCAAGUUAAAAGUCACAUCGAGGUGCAUGUGGUUGGAUGAUGGCGGUUGGAAGCGUGCCUCUUCUUUUUGUAAAAGGUGAUUCCUCUUUGAAAGAAGGCCACGGCCAGAUGCUCGUCCUUGCUUAUGCUGCAAUCAAAGGCCUGACAACGACAAGUCCGAGUCACUUCCUCCACAAGAACAAAUGAAAAAUGGCCAGCUGGUGGAAGGGCUCAGAGACAAUGACUACCUCUUGAUUCAUUCCUGUCGUCAGUGGACAACCAUUACUGCUCACAGUCUCGAGGAAGGACAUUACGUGAUUGGACCGAAAAUAGAGAUCCCUGUUCAUUAUGAGGGUCAAUUUAAGCUACUGGAGCAGGAUCGAGACGUCAAAGAGCCGGUGCAAUACUUCAACAGUGUGGAGGAGGUGGCCAAAGCGUUCCCCGAGAGGGUUUACGUCAUGGAAGAAAUCACAUUCAAUGUUAAGAUGGCUUCAGGGGAAUGCAAUGAAGACACUGAAGUUUAUAAUAUAACACUAAGCACUGGCGACGAGCUGACACUAAUGGGCCAAGCUGAGAUCCUCUACGCCAAGACCUCCAAAGAAAAAUCGAGAUUUAACACCAUUUUCAAGAAGAUCGGCAAGCUAAACUCCAUCAGCAAGAUGGGUCGGGGCAAGAUGCCCUGCUUGAUUUGCAUGAACCAUCGCACCAACGAGAGCAUCAGCUUACCUUUCCAGUGCAAAGGCCGCUUCAGCACCUGCAGUCCGCUUGAGCUCCAGAUGCAGGACGGCGAGCACACCAUCCGGAACAUCGUGGAGAAAACCCGGCUGCCGGUGAACGUCACGGUGCCCAGCAGUCCGCCUCGCAACCAGCAUGACCUCCACCUCAUCCGAGAGGGCCAUCGCUACAAGUUGGUCAACAUCCAGACCAAGACUGUGGUUGUGUGCUGCGUUCUGCGAAGCAACAAAAUAAUCCCCAUCCACUUCCCCUUCCAUACGGCUCUGCCUCGAUUUAUUAUCCCCGAGGAGCUCCUGCAAGGAGAGUUGUGGCUGGACACCAUGGUGCAUCGCUGGUUCUCCUUCUGCCAGGAGCAGUUUGACAUUGACGACUAUUCCCGUGCGGUUCGGGACGUGCGGACAGACUGGAACGACGAGGGGAAGAGCCCGAAAAAGCAGAGCAGCGGGAACGGUAAUUGCUGCGGCGGCGGAACCUCGAACGGAUGUCCGAACAGCAUGCAGAUUCCCAGCUCUUUAACGUACGCCCGGGAUGAACUGACACAGUCCUUCCACCGACUCUCUGUGUGCGUUUACGGUAGCAACCUGCAUGGUAACAGUGAGGUCAACCUGCAUGGAUGCAUGACCCUGUGUGGCGACUGGGCCCUUCUGCCCUCGGACAGCGUUCCAGUGGACUCGGCGGAAAAUGAACACUUUCUUCCCGAAAUGUUGGACUGCCCGAACCAGCAAGCAUCAAUCAAGUCUGAUGUUCCCUAUGAGGAGCUGUGGUUGGAUCACCUGAGAAGCCAGUCUUCUUUAACCGAGGGAAUCCGAGGUCUCAACAACGGCUGCGCUACAACCGCAGCGAGCCUGUCUUACCCGGUCACGAGUCCUCUCGCAUCACUUCCGACUCAGGAUGUGUCCCUCACACCGCCGCCAGUCCCACCCAAAUCCGAAGCUGUGAAAGAAGAAUGCCGAUUGUUGAACGCCCCGCCAAUUCCGCCACGAAGUCUUAAACAGAUGCCAUCGGUACCGAUUCUGUCAAAGCCUCGCCAGAAAGAUACCCGCUCGCCAAGUCCAACCCUCUCCUAUUACUCAUCUGGGCUCCACAGCAUUAGUGGAGCAUCAGAGCAAGAGGUGUCUGAUCCGAAAAGCAGCUCGUGUUACCCGUGCAACUGGACCCAGCUCACCGGCGGUGAGCCCAACGCCAUCUCGCCGAGCGGGAGCUUGUCCUCCAGGUUGUCUUGGCCAAAUAACUUCAGCGGAACAGAAAGUCAUGCUUUGGAUGACUUUCUCCCCGCCGGCUGCCGCAGUUACUACAGUUAUCCCAGGAAGAGGUCCACGAGCAACCCCAAAACCUGCAGCCUUGUGGAGUUUGACGCGCGCAGCAGUAAAAGCCUCAGCCUGCGGAGCGUGUCUCGGAGUCGCUCCUGCACCAAAUCGUCCAGCUAUAAUUCAGAAAUGUACAAAGAUAGAGCCAUUGAAGAAUGCAACACCAAGCAGAGCCUCUCCUGCCCUAUUUUACCCCCAAGAACAGCAAAGUCCAACAGCAGUAAGAAGAGCCCAGAAACAACAUCUGGACCAGCCUCUGGCAGCGAGCAGGACUCCUCAACUACACAAGACCUAAUAAGCUCCACCUCCAAGCAUCAGUGGCAGCCCCCGCCUAGCCUGGCCGGCCUCUCUAUUGAGGAGGUGUCCAAGUCCCUGCGCUUUAUCGGCCUGCCCGACGACGUCGUCUUCGUUUUUACCUCUGAGAAGAUAGACGGGAACUUGUUGAUGCAGCUCACAGAGGAGAUUCUCUCUGAGGACUUCAAACUCAGCAAACUGCAGGUGAAGAAACUCAUGCAGUUCAUUAACGGAUGGAGACCGAAGAUAUGACACAAGACCCUCAUGCCUUCAGUGUACGGAUGUCAUACUACAGUAGAUCCCCGUUAUUCUAUGCUCAUAGAAUGUUCAUGCUCUUCUCAUACCCUACUUUGAAUUUUAAAUGCAGUUUUACACAUGAAGAAACAGUGACAGGCAUAAAGUAUACAUCACGUCUUGUCAAAGCAUCUUUCUGCUGGAAGAGGAGUCAAUUGAUUUGUGAGCCAGAUCUGCUGGAUUCAUAGCUACAGCACUGUCCCCUGCAGAUAGCGCCGUCAAACUACUUUCUAUUUAAAUACCAUCAAAAACCCAAACUGAAUAAGCGGGGAUCUACUGUAAAUGCUAUGCACCCCCUCUUCCAUAGACUACUUCCUGGUCACUGCAUGGUGAGGGAACACAUCUUGCCCUUUAAAUGUGGGACUGCUAUUUGCUAACCAGAUAGAAUCAUUUCGCACUUUUAAUGACUUUGUUUGUAUUUGUUAUGUCAGCUACUUUGUUCUAUUCUUGUCACCUGCACAUUGAAGCCAAGUAAAAUAGGGAACAAACCAAAGGAGAUUAGACUGCGGGGUUAUUGUAUUAUUGCGACCCUUUCAGGUUGUCAUUGUCACAAAAGGGCUCGACUUUCAGCUCCCCCCCUUUAAACCGACAGUACAGGGGGCAGCGUGUUGCUAUGGUACCUGCUACGCGACGCUUGUAUCAAUGUACGCAUGCUAUAUAUCCACGUAACCAAACCACUUUCAGGAAAACAGAAGACAAAUCAAACUACAAGCACUUAAAUGGGCAAAUGUCAAAACAAGCGUGCAGUCAGCAACCAUCAUAUCAUGAAUAAUUUCAUAAAACAAAACACUAAGACAUCCUUUGAAAGAUAACACUAAGCUCUUCCAAUGGUACGUGCAUCAUUGGUCUACCGUUAAAACUCACUGAGUAGUAAAGAUAAGUACAUUUCCACUUUUCCAGUAACCAUCAGAGGCUUUACUUUGAUACCAAAAUCAUCCAUGUAAACAAACAUCUGAUUUUGGAUUAUGUCUUUCUAGCAAAACGCAUCAUGUAUCGAUUCACAAACCACCUCGUUCACCGCCAAAUGUUGACUAUCCUGAAUUGUGCUGCUUUUUGCCGUUAAAACGCGACACUAACCAGUUCUUUCUCCCGACUAAAGUAACACUUUUAACAGAAGACGAGUCAGGUGACGCGUGAAAGGCCCGUUGUCAUGGGAACAAUCAACGCUUUAACGGUCAACAUGAGAAUGAAAGUUGCUGCCUUGAAGAACAACUGAAGGAAAUUAAGAGAAUAAGCUCUUUGCUCUAACGGUAAAAUAUAAAAAAAAUCACGUCCCAUUUCCGCAAGUCAACCACUGCCAUCAAACUAAUUGUGCCUUUUUGUCUCCGUGUCCAACUGGAACUUGUACAAACAUCCAACAUGCAUCACGCACUUUUACUGCAGUAAAGCUCAUCAAAUAUGAUCAACUGAUAAAACACACGUAAAUGCACUACACUAAAACGGUACUAAUUUGUUGUCGGUACGUACCUGAAGCCUGUCCUGGAAGGCCUUAAAAAUGCACACGUCGUUUUGGCUAAACAUUUGUAUUGUGCAAGUAUUACAUUCAUAUUAAAAUACACACACUGUGUAGUUCGGUGUAUUUUUAAGAAGAUUAUGGCCACAAAAAUAGUGAAAUUGUGAGACAGUGAGAAUGAAGUGGGAAUAUUACAAGAAAAAAAAGCUGUGGUCGUAAUACUCCUUUGUAAUUUAGCUGCACAGUGAAGGACGGUUUUGCUGAAAUGAAAUAUCGGCUUGUAGUACGUAGUUUUUGCUGUAUAUUUAUGCAGUUUGUUGCCUCUUUAACUAUGCAGUGUUGUUGUUGCGUAUGAAAAGAACGUGGCUGAUAAAUGAAGGUGCCUCCACAUUUAUACCACAUUUGUUGCCCGUUUCUCCCCCCCCCCCGUCCUGAAAUGUUACAUGCUUAUUUGGACUUUUCUAAUAUGCAAUUGUAUUUUUUAAGAAAGUGAUUACUAAUGUCAAAUAUUUUUUUAAUUGAGAAAAGCUUAUGUUCCUUUUUUGUAAAAAUGAUUUCUUUCUCAUUUUUGUAAGCCCACACACACACACAACGUAAAGUAAUGCUCAGCCACGUGAUUGACAUGGACAUAAUUCCUUGUACGUAUGUACUUUGGCAGGUAACAUGAUGCUUACGUGUUCUAUGCAACAGCCAUGGUUCCCCAAGGAGAACACGUGGAGGAGCAAACAAUAUACUGUGUUACCAUAUGCACAUGAGUAUUACAUACUGUAUAUAUUAAAGAAUGUACAUGCCAAAGAAA